AAGAAUUUUCCCUUAUCUCUCUUUGUUGAGUAAUAAAAAAUUUGGAAAAAACAAGGACGUUGAUUCCACGCUAAAUGCUUUACUACAUUUUUAAAAGACAGAAAUUUCUAGACUCACCUCUUUUUCUCUCUCUCUCUCUCUCUCUCUCUCUCUCUUUCCGUGACUCUAUAAUAGUAAUAGUAAAAAAUCACAAUCGCACCCUUCUGAAUCUUGAUUCCAUUUCCUUGUUGUGGUUCCCUUUCAGGUUUGUUUCUGAGUCUUAGAAAAACAAAAAAGUUAUGGCUUCGAAACGGAUCUUGAAGGAGCUCAAGGAUUUACAGAAAGACCCACCUACCUCUUGCAGCGCUGGACCUGUGGCUGAGGACAUGUUCCAUUGGCAAGCCACCAUCAUGGGACCUGCUGAUAGUCCUUAUGCUGGAGGUGUAUUUCUAGUUUCUAUUCAUUUUCCUCCUGAUUAUCCAUUCAAGCCUCCAAAGGUUGCAUUCAGGACUAAGGUAUUCCACCCAAACAUUAAUAGCAAUGGAAGCAUAUGUCUGGAUAUUCUUAAAGAACAGUGGAGCCCAGCACUAACCAUUUCAAAGGUGCUGCUGUCCAUAUGCUCCCUUUUGACGGAUCCCAACCCUGAUGAUCCACUUGUCCCUGAAAUUGCUCACAUGUACAAGACUGACAGGGCCAAGUAUGAAGCCACUGCUCGCAGCUGGACACAGAAGUAUGCCAUGGGAUGAUGGCAGAUGAAAACCCCCCAGCAUCUAAAAGCAAGCUGUUAAUCCAUGGUUCUCUCAUCUCCCUUCAGGUAAAAGAAUGGAAAUAUUGAGAAUGAAAUCUCCUUAUUCUUCUUUCACCAAGAACUCAAUAUUUGGCAAGGAACUCUGUUGUCAUCUUGUGAAUAUUUAUUUGAAGACAUUGGAGAUUGGGUAACUGUAAUGUAAUGUUAUCAUGUUGUUGUCAAAGUGAAUGAUUUGCUUGUUGAUCUACAACUCAUUUGAUUGAUUAAGAAAUAAUGUUUUACGGGUACAAUUCCUCCAAGUUUCAAUUCUUGCUUUGUAUUAGGGACUGAAUCCGGCAUGAUACUGCUAUGCUUGGUUCAGACAUUGUAUCUAAGUGUUAAAUUCUGUUGAAAGUUGAAACAGUGUUUAUUUCUAUUUAAAAUACUGCACGGUUAUAGUGGCA